AUGUCCGGUCCAUCACCACCGCCCCCGGACAUGCUUCCACCGCCAUCACUACCCGACACCAUGAAAGCCUGGCUCUACUCCAGCACGACCGGCGGCCUGGAGAAGAACCUGCAGCUGGACGCGUCGGCCCGCGCACCGCCCGCGCCACUAGGUGCCCAGGUGCUGGUGCAGGUACUUUCGGCCUCGCUGAACCCAGCAGACUACAAAGUCCCGGAACUGGGCCUCCCUGCGCGGCUGUACAUCGGCACGCCGGCGUCCCCGGGCAUGGACUUCUGCGGGCGCGUCGUGACCACGGGUCCGCUGGCACGGCACAUUGCGGACGGACAGCUUGUCUUCGGUUCGGCAGCGCACCCGAUCAAGUUCGGUUCGCUGGCGGAGUACAUGAUCGUCACGGCGGAUCAGAUUGCCGCCGUGCCGGAGGGUGUGGAGGUGAAUUCUGCGGCCGCGGUCGGGAUCGCGGGCCAGACGGCCUUUCAGAGUCUGGAGGGAUAUGUGAAGGCCGGGGACAAGGUGUUUAUUAACGGGGGUUCCGGGGGGUGCGGGACGUUCGAGAUCCAGAUUGCGAAGGCGAUGGGCUGCCAUGUCACGGCGACGUGCUCGACGCGGAAUAUGGAGCUUUGUCUGCGGCUGGGCGCGGACGAGGUCAUCGAUUACACGGCCGAGGAGGAUCUGGUGGGCCGGUUGAAGGCGCGGGGGACGGUAUUUGACCAUAUCCUGGACCAUAUUGGCACUCCGGCGGAGAUGUACUACCAGUGUCACCACUUCCUCAAGGAGGACGGUGUCUUUGUACAGGUUGGUGCGUCGAGUAUGACGACGCAGGCUGGCCGACUUGCGUGGCCGGCCUUCUUGGGCGGUGGUCGGAGGAAGUAUGUGGUUCUGAUGUACAAGCCGAUCCAGCGCCAGCUUGUGCAGCUCGGGGAGUGGUUGCAAGAGGGUGUGGUGAAGGUGCAGGUGGAUAGCGUGCAUGGAUUCGAGGAUGUGGUCAAGGCGUUCGACAAGCUUCGCUCGGGGCGGGCGAGAGGGAAGAUUGUGGUGCAGGUGGCCAAGGCCCAGGGCCAGAACUAUGAGCCGUUUGGCAUUGGGAUGUAA